GUGUACUCAGGUACCUGGUAUUGAUUCUGACAUCGGGGGAACCUCUCAGGUACGAUAGUACGUCCUCAGCCAUAGUGCCAGGAUCCGCUCCAAAACCUCACUCCGCCAGACCUCACCCUUUCCAAAUACGCGAAAUCGCCCUGAACACGGCCCAUCAAACCAACGUCCAAAUCUUCUCCUUCUAUCUUCAAAACGCGCGUGCCAUCUCGUUCGAUGUCGCCCGUCGCCCCGGUGUCAACAUAGGGAUCUCCGACGCCCUAUUCCCGCCUCGACGCGACCGCUAUUUCCUCCCGCAUGGCUACCGCCACCGGCCUAUCACUCUAACACGCCCGCAAGGCUAUCAUGUCCAUCAUGAACGGCCAGCACUCUUGGCCGCCGCCGCCGCUACACCAUGUCGUCGGCAAGCGGCCGUUCCGCCAUUCUGAUGAUGGUCCUGCCAGAUCCCACGAUGUUAUGGAUAAUUCCGCCGCCUCGGUGCCUGAGGCAUCUGAUAUAGACGAAGACCGCGCACGGGCACACUUUGCCGAAUUAUAUCGCCAGAGUGAAGCCCGCAUUGCGCAAAUGUUUGCCGAUGAUGGCUCCAUUAACAGGGACGUUAUAGAAUCCUGGAGACGGCCCUUCGACGCCUCCGGCGCCCCACCCCCGACCACCGACCACUCCGCCAUAGAGGAGCGUCCCGCGAAGAGGGUCAAGCGGGUCAUCGACGAGGAUGACUACGGCGAUGACGACGAUGACGAGGACGACGAAGAGGACGACGUGGCCGCGGACAGAAACGGUAGCAUCCACGUGGCUUCCCUGAAAUCCAAGGCCGCUGCCGUUGCCGCCUCCAAGGCCCUCCCGUCCCCCUCCAAGUCUGGAAGCUCGCCCAUAGCGUCGGCCCCGUCACCCGACAAGCUCUUCGACAGAGCGAAGGAGGAUGCGUCGCAGGGGUCCAUGGGAUCCCACGCGCAUGCCAGCGACUCCGUCGACGCGCGCAAACAGCUCGAGGAGGCGCGGAAGGACAUCGAAGAGGCCGCUAAACGCAGCUUUCACACUAUAUUUUACACCCUGGAGAAUGACCGUACUGCGAUGCUGGAGCAGCAGCAGCUCGAGGAGUCGGAAAAGCAAUUGCAGGCCGAGAUGGAUAAGAAUAAUACCAGCAAUCCGAGCGGGGGCCCUCCCGGCGAAAACCACGGAUCUCUCAGCAGCGCAAAUUUAGGCGCGUCGAGCUUAACCCUCAAGCAUCUCAUAGCGCGCAUAGACUUGAAGCGCGACCAGGUGCGCGCGUCGGACGCCGAAUUGCGCUCCCUGAUGAACGAGGUCCGCAAGAAUCGGAGCAAGUGGGCCAGCGAGGAGAACGUCAACCAGGAGGAGCUCUAUGAGGCCCUGGAGAAGGUUUUGACCGAACUGAAGGCUCACACCGAAUACUCAACACCUUUCCUCCAGAGGGUGAACAAGAAGGAAGCCCCCGACUAUCAUAACUUCAUCAAACAACCUAUGGAUCUGGGCUCGAUGACGAAAAAGCUGAAGUCGCUGACGUACAAGUCCAAGGUUGACUUCGUCACGGAUCUUAAUUUAAUAUGGGAUAACUGCCUCCGGUACAACCAGGACAUGAACCAUCCGUUCAGGCGGAUGGCCAAUGGGAUGCGCAAGGAAGCCGAGAAACUCAUCCCCCUCAUCCCGGACCUUGCUAUCCGCCCACGUGCCGAGGUCGAAGCCGAGGAAAGGCGGAAGCAGAAUGGUGGCGACGACGAUGGCGGCGACGAUUCGGAUGACGAGCCGAUAAUGUCGUCUCGCGGCCGGAUCGCCGGUGGGGCCAAGGGAACGAAGUCGAGGAAGGCCCAUGCCGAUCAGAAGGAAGGGACCCCGGGCGGGGACCAUAAGCCGGUUCUGCAACUCAACGGCCUGCUCGCGAAAGCCCACCGAGAGGGUUCGGAGCUCGACGGGAGCAACGGGUUCGCAACCCCGCCGAUCGCCGGCUCCAUGACCCCGAGCGGGCUCAACGGCCACUCAGGCGUGGGUAGCAACGUAGACGCCAUGGACAUUGACGGUCCCGAGCUAAACGGGAUGGCCCUGGGACAAGCCCUGAACGACGCCGCCCAACAAGCCUUCGAAGACGACGAGUACAAGAUCUGGAAGCAAGUAACCAAGAAAGACCGUGCCCUCGUCGCCAAAGAACGGUUUCAGCUUUUUAGCGGCAAGAAGUUGAAUAUUGACGAGCCUGCCCUGCUAAGGACUAAAGCUGGUAUGCGUCGGUACUUGCGUGCCCGCCAACAGGCAGAAGCCGCUGGCCUGGGCGGUCACACCCAAGACUCGUCGGAGCCUAACACUAAGCAGACCAAGGCAGUCGAGACGCUGGCCGAAGGCAUGGAAGAAGACGUGGAGCGGGUAAUACCCGAUUACUACGAGCCUCAGACCAUUAUCCCGGACAUCCCAACCAAGUUCCAGUGGAUCGAGGAUAGCGAAGGCCAAGUCAUCAACCAGCACGAAGAGUACCUGCGCACCUUGCCACUGGGCUAUUUCAACACGCCCAAGAGUAGCCUGACACAGAAGUUCGACGCCAAUAUCCGCCAGAUGCAGGAGACGAGAAAGAUCUGCUCGAAAAUUAGCGUCAUAAAGCAGAUGCAACUCCAAACCCAGGUGUACACGAAUCAGUUUCCGAAGUAUAAUCCUGAGCCAUUCCUCGAGGCCGACGUCGAACCGCAUGUUACGUGCGGCGACAACAUCGUGAUGGCGCCGGAAGUUUGCAGGGCCGCCUUGCAGCGGUCCGUUGCGAAGAUCUUUUACCAUGCUGGCUUCGAAGAGCUACAGCCGUCGGCAAUGGACACGAUCACGGACGUCGCAGCCGAUUAUUUCGGGAAGUUCAUCCAGACCUUCAAUUCGUAUAAAGAGAUCGAGAUGAAGGACCCUUCUCCGGAGUACCUUCGACGCGGAGCGACUGCCCAGCCUCGCUAUAACGAUGAGGAAGCCCUACUGCAUACCCUCGCCGAGAACGGCUACUCGAUCGACUCGCUCGAGGGCUACGCCAAAGACGAGGUUGAGAGACUCGGGCAUAGGCUCGGCGGCAUCCACGAGCGUAUGAAGGCCCAUCUGAGCGAUCUUCUUCGCCCUGCCGUUAGUGACGUCGGCCAGGACGGGGCCGCCGCGUUCGAUGACGGCAGCGAACAGUUUAUCGGAGGCGAUUUUGCCGAAGAGCUCGGCGAGGAUUUCUUUGGCUUCAAGGAACUCGGUCUCGCGGGCGAAAUGGGCGGCAUGCUCUCUGUCCCUCUUCAUCUCCUCCAGUCUAGGGUACGCAGCCAGUACCAGGUCCAGAACCCGACCCAGGGCCCCUCGGACACCGUCUUAUUCGAAGAUCUCCCGCCGACGGAGCCGGUCACGAAGGAGAACAUCCAGGAACAGAUCGGUCUGGUUAAGAACUUCUUCCUCGCGAAACUGCACGCUAACGGCGACUCACCAUUGGUCGAGGACGAAGACCUGCCCGUCAAGCAGCGGCGCCCCAGGCCACGGCUAGGCGCUACCGGCAAGAUCGUUUCCCCGCAGAAGCGACCCCCGAAGGAGCAGAAUGCCAUCAACAAGAAAAAGAAGAAGCUCGAGGCUCAAGCUGCCGAGGCCAGCAAGGCCGCGAAUAAUAAUACCAGCCCCGAGAAAGGCGGCCCCAAGAAGGCCAAGGGCCCGCCUCUGCCCAACGGGACCGGCCCAACCAACGGUGCAUCUCUGGCCGUCGCUCCGCCCAUGGAACGCGUCGAGAGCAUGCAGAGCCAAGGCAACAAUAGCCAAACUGAUAAAGACGACACCGGCAUGAUGAGCCCGGAGAGCAUGGAGCGUUAGCGUAACAACAUGACUAUUCGAGGGUCAUUUUCUCGACUCGCACGCUCUCGCGCCGAGAGGGCGUCUGCCUCGCUUCAUUCUAGCCGACCUGCAACAUACUCCUCAAGGCGGCCUUUCAUUAAUAUUUUACCACCCCGUAGCUUAUACCCCUCAUUCAAUGGUAUAUUGGUUUGUUUUGCGCACAAUCUCUAGACGUGGGGUGGACCGGUGCAAUGCGGAGAGAGCGGGUUGUAUGAGGCACAGCAACAUCACACAGUGCAUACGGGCGUUUUUUUGUCGGGACGGGGGACGCCCACGAAACCACGCGCAACGCCGGGGCUAAUCUCGGCGUCAUCGGUGCUAUUUAUGCUUAUGAUGGCUCUCUCUCUACCUAUCUCUUUCUCUUUCUCUCUCUCUUUUCUCUUUCUUUUCGGCACGACUUGCAUAUAGCAGCAUGGAUGGACGGGCGGACGAUGACGAGAAGAGAAGAGGGCGUGCGACGGACGACGGAAUGAGUGACGGAGACUCGACGCAGAGACGUCCGCCCCUUUUCACCCAUAUUGCCAUGUGUACAUAAAAAAGCUUUUUUUUUAUCUCCCCCUCCCCAUCCCACACGCUCACGCACUCCUCCUACUCCUCCUCGCCCUCCAGCACCCUCUUCUCUUCGUGCGCCUCCCCCCCCCCCCCCCCCCCCCCCUGGC